UGGCCGCGAUACCCCGGGUGCUGGAGCGGGGCUUGCCCUGGGGACUUGGCCGGUGCUCCCACCCUUCCACGCCCCCUCCCCGCCACCGCCCGCGCGGGGGCCCUCCCCCAGCUCUCUCCCUCCCUCCCUCCUCCUCUCCUUUGCUCCCUCCCUCCGAACCCAAUUGCUCAAGCCUCUUCCUUCCCCAACGCCAGCGCCAGUUCCUCUGCCCGUGGGGCCCGGGAAGGGCUGCGAACGCCAGGCAGUAGGACGGCCGCGGCGGCAGCUGCAAGACCAUGGCCCAGCCCCGAGGGGCCGCGAACCCGGCGCCCAAGGCCUCGCCCGCGCCGACCGAGCAGAGCCUGCGGAGCGCCCCGCAGCCCCGCCCCUCGAGAGCGGACUCCGGCAGCCUGGGCAGGUACCGGGGCAACGCCGCCGCCGCCGCCGCCUCCCGGAAGCCCUCCUUCCACGGCACGCUGAUGCUCUCGGGAGCGGGCUCGGGGCGCCGGCGGGGAGCGCUGCGGGAGCUGCUGGGGCUGCAGGGGGCGGCUCCUGCCGGGUGGCUGUCGGAGGAGCGCGCCGAGGAGCAGUCCCCGGGCGGGCCCGGCGGGCCGAGCGGACCGGGCGGCAGCGGGCUGUGCCUGGAGCCGCGGGAGCACGCGUGGAUUCUGGCGGCCGCCGAGGGCCGCCUCGAGGUGCUGCAGGAGCUGCUGGAGGCUGAUCCGGGGCUGCUGCUGCGGUGCGACCCGAUCACCGGCUACACAGUGCUCCACUGGCUGGCCAAGCACGGGCGCCACGAAGAGCUCAUUUGGCUACACGACUUCGCCCAGCGCCGGGGGCUGCGGCUCGACGUGAGCGUCCCAGGCAGCGGCGGCCUCACGCCCCUCCACCUGGCGGCUCUGCAGGGCCACGACAUGGUCAUCAAGGUGCUGGUGGGCGCCCUGGGUGCUGACCCCACGCGUCGCGACCACAGUGGCAACCGGCCCUGCCACUACCUGCCACCCGAUGCGCCUCGGAAUCUGCGGGAGCUGUCGGGGGCCGAGGACUGGGAGACGGCUGGCGACAGCGAGCGCCAAAACGCCAACAACAACAGCAGCAGCGGCGGCACCGCGUGGACGCUCAGGCGGUCCCCGAGCGCCGUGGGCGCGACGGCCGUGGGAACAAACACGAGAGCGGCGACGCUGUCUGCCAGGGAGAAGGACGCCGCGGGCAGCCGCGUGGCGCAAAUUCAAGGCCUUUUCCGCCAGCUGUUCCCCUUCUUCCAGAACCGUUGAGGGCAACAGAGACUGGAGAGCUCGGAGGGGCCGCGACGCUGCGGCGAGGCCUCUGCUCUCGGUUUUCCCGGGUUCCACCGAAGGAGAGGCACCUCGAAUGCAGCUUGGGCCUGCAAGGAGCAGACCACGUCGGGGCCCGACUCAGGUACCUGUCCCAGGUCUCCUGCAACCACAGGCCACAAGGACUUGGGGACUAGAGAGCUCCACGGACCUAGCCAGCCUGGCGCCAAGUCCCCAAGCUGCUACAGGACUAAGGAGUUAGGCGCAGGGAGCGUGGUCCUGCUUGGGAGAUUCCAAGCUAAGCUUCCAGUAGCCAUUCCUGGGCAGGCGGAAGCGCUGGGUUUAUUAGGAAACAUUCGCUGGAAGAAUGACUAAACCAAGGAUGCAGAGGAAACUCGUAAAACUCUGCCGGCCUCACUUGGCCAUUGGCGGGUCUUGCACGGCAGGUAGAGUCAGCCCCUGGCAUCCUGCUCCUGAGACUACCCAGGCCUUACCGGUACCUUUUCUAAUGUAGCACGGAAGACUUCUUAAGUUUAUUAAAGUGGAAUGUGUUUUCCAUUCACGUGACAAAGUUGACCUUCUAGUGCCUUUU